AAGAAGAUGCAGUCGCUGAGAUUCUUUGGCCGUCUGUCCGCCCGUGGGUGCCCUCGUGGCGUUCUUGGAAAUGCGCCCAUUCUGCCGGCUUGGAUAUGGGGUGUCGUCGCGCCCCAGAGUCACCCCUUCUCGUGGUCUCCCCAGGCUGCGUGUGGCCUGCCGGCCUUCCUAGUUGUCCCCUACUGCAGAACCACCUCCACCUCACCCCCUAAAUCCCGGGGGACCCACUCGAGGCGGACGGGGCCCCCUGCACCCCUCUUCCCUGGCGGGGAGAAAGGCUGCAGCGGGUUGAUUUGCAUUUCUAUGAAAACCGGACUACAGGGGCAACUCCGCCGCAGGGCAGGCGCGGCGCCUCAGGGAUGGCUUUUGGGCUCUGCCCCUCGCUGCUCCCGGCGUUUGGCGCCCGCGCCCCCUCCCCCUGCUCCCGCCCCCGCCCCCCUCCCGCUCCCAUUCUCUGCCCGGCUUUGAUCUCUGCUUAACAACAGUAACGUCACACGGACUACAGGGGAGUUUUGUUGAAGUUGCAAAGUCCUGGAGCCUCCAGAGGGCUGUCGGCGCAGUAGCAGCGAGCAGCAGAGUCCGCACGCUCCGGCGAGGGGCAGAAGAGCGCGAGGGAGCGCGGGGCAGCAGAAGCGAGAGCCGAGCGCGGACCCAGCCCGGACCCACAGCCCUCCCCAGCUGCCCAGGAAGAGCCCCAACCAUGGAACACCAGCUCCUGUGCUGCGAAGUGGAAACCAUCCGCCGCGCGUACCCCGAUGCCAACCUCCUCAACGACCGGGUGCUGCGGGCCAUGCUGAAGGCGGAGGAGACCUGCGCGCCCUCGGUGUCCUACUUCAAAUGUGUGCAGAAGGAGGUCCUGCCGUCCAUGCGGAAGAUCGUCGCCACCUGGAUGCUGGAGGUCUGCGAGGAGCAGAAAUGCGAGGAGGACGUCUUCCCGCUGGCCAUGAACUACCUGGACCGCUUCCUGUCUCUGGAGCCCGUGAAAAAGAGCCGCCUGCAGCUGCUGGGGGCCACUUGCAUGUUCGUGGCCUCUAAGAUGAAGGAGACCAUCCCCCUGACGGCCGAGAAGCUGUGCAUCUACACCGACAACUCCAUCCGGCCCGAGGAGCUGCUGCAAAUGGAGCUGCUACUGGUGAACAAGCUCAAGUGGAACCUGGCCGCCAUGACCCCGCACGAUUUCAUUGAACACUUCCUCUCCAAAAUGCCAGAGGCGGAGGAGAACAAACAGAUCAUCCGCAAACACGCGCAGACCUUCGUUGCCCUCUGUGCCACAGAUGUGAAGUUCAUUUCCAAUCCGCCCUCCAUGGUGGCAGCGGGGAGUGUGGUGGCCGCGGUGCAAGGCCUGAACCUGAGGAGCCCCAACAACUUCCUGUCCUACUACCGCCUCACACGCUUCCUCUCCAGAGUGAUCAAGUGUGACCCGGACUGCCUCCGGGCCUGCCAGGAGCAGAUCGAAGCCCUGCUGGAGUCAAGCCUGCGCCAGGCCCAGCAGAACAUGGACCCCAAGGCCGCCGAGGAGGAGGAAGAGGAGGAGGAGGAGGUGGACCUGGCUUGCACACCCACCGACGUGCGGGACGUGGACAUCUGAGGGCGCCAGGCAGGCGGGCACCACCGCCACCCCCAGUGAGGGCGGAGCCGGCCCCAGGUGCUCCCCUGACAGUCCCUCCUCUCCGGAGCGUUUUGAUACCAGAAGGGAAAGCUUCAUUCUCCUUGUUGUUGGUUGUUGUUUCCUUUGCUCUUUCUCCCUUCCAUCUCUGACUUAAGCAAAAGAAAAAGAUUACCUAAAAACUGUCUUUAAAAGAGAGAGAGAAAAAAAAAUAGUAUUUGCAUAACCCUGAGCGGUGGGGGAGGAGGGUUGUGCUACAAACAAUAGAGGAUUUUAUACCCCAAUAAUCAACUCGUUUUUCUAUUAAUGUACUUGUUUCUCUGUUGUAAGAAUAGGCAUUAACACCAAGGAGGCGUCUCGGGAGAGGAUUAGGUUUGAUCCUUUACGUGUUUAAAAAAAAGCAUAAAAACAUUUUAAAAACAUAGAAAAAUUCAGCAAACCAUUUUUAAAGUAGAAGAGGGUUUUAGGUAGGAAAACGUAUUCUUGUGCUUUUCCUGAAAAGCACAGCUGUAGUGUGGUUCUAGGCAUCUCUGUACUUUGCUUGCUCAUAUGCAUGUAGUCACUUUAUAAGUCAUUGUAUGUUAUUAUAUUCCGUAGGUAGAUGUGUAACCUCUUCACCUUAUUCAUGGCUGAAGUCACCUCUUGGUUACAGUAGCGUAGCGUGCCCGUGUGCAUGUCCUUUGCGCCUGUGACCACCACCGCAGUGGAGGUUUGUCGGGCACCAGCCAGCGUAGCAGGGUCGGGAAAGGCCACCUGUCCCACUCCUACGAUACGCUACUAUAAAGAGAAGACGUAAUAGUGACAUAAUAUAUUCUAUUUUUAUACUCUUCCUAUUUUUGUAGUGACCUGUUUAUGAGAUGCUGGUUUUCUACCCAACGGCCCUGCAGCCAGCUCACGUCCAGGUUCAACCCACAGCUACUUGGUUUGUGUUCUUCUCAAUAUUCUAAAACCAUUCCAUUUCCAAGCACUUUCAGUCCAAUAGGUGUAGGAAAUAGCGCUGUUUUUGUUGUGUGUGGAGGGAGGGCAGUUUUCUAAUGGAAUGGUUUGGGAAUAUCCAUGUACUUGUGUGCAAGCAGGGCUUCGAGGCAAGUGUGGGCCACUGUGGUGGCAGUGGAGGUGGGGUGUUCGGGAGGCUGCGUGCCAGUCAAGAAGAAAAAGGUUUGCAUUCUCACAUUGCCAGGAUGAUAAGUUCCUUUCCUUUUCUUUAAAGAAGUUGAAGUUUAGGAAUCCUUUGGUGCCAACUGGUGUUUGAAAGUAGGGACCUCAGAGGUUUACCUAGAGAACAGGUGGUUUUUAAGGGUUAUCUUAGAUGUUUCACAACGGAAGGUUUUUAAACACUAAAAUAUAUAAUUUAUAGUUAAGGCUAAAAAGUGUAUUUAUUGCAGAGGAUGUUCAUAAGGCCAGUAUGAUUUAUAAAUGUAAUCUCCCCUUGAUUUAAACACACAGAUACACACACACACACACACACACACACACCUUCUGCCUUUGAUGUUGCAGAUUUAAUACAGUUUAUUUUUAAAGAUAGAUCCUUUUAUAGGUGAGAAAAAAACAAUCUGGAAGGAAAAAACCACACAAAGACAUUGAUUCAGCCUGUUUGGCGUUUCCCAAAGUCAUCUGAUUGGAAAGGCAUGGGUGUCACAAGGAAAGUUAGGGUACUCGACAUAAGUUCGGUUCCGAGAUAUUCUUAUCCCCUGCCCCUUCCUUUAAAAAACUUAGUGACAAAAUAGACAAUUUGCACAUCUUGGCUAUGUAAUUCUUGUAAUUUUUAUUUAGGAAGUGUUGAAGGGAGGUGGCAAGAGUGUGGAGGCUGAUGUGUGAGGGAGGACAGGCGGGAGGAGGUGUGAGGAGGAGGCUCCCGAGGGGACGGGGCGGUGCCCACACCGGGGACAGGCCGCAGCUCCAUUUUCUUAUUGCGCUGCUACCGUUGACUUCCAGGCACGGUUUGGAAAUACUCACAUCGCUUCUCUGUAUCUCUUUCACAUUGUUUGCUGCUAUUGGAGGGUCAGUUUUUUGUUUUACAAUGUCAUAUACUGCCAUGUACUAGUUUCAGUUUUCUCUUAGAACAUUGUAUUACAGAUGCCUUUUUUGUAGUUUUUUUUUUUUUAUGUGAUCAAUUUUGACUUAAUGUGAUUACUGCUCUAUUCCAAAAAGGUUCCUGUUUCACAAUACCUCAUGCUUCACUUAGCCAUGGUGGACCCGGCAGGCAGGUUCUGCCUGCUUCGGCGGGCAGACAUGCGGGCACAAUCCCACACAGGCUGGCGGGGGCCGGCCCCGAGGCCACGUGCGUGAGAACCGCACCGGUGUCCCCGGAGACCAGGCUGUGUCCAUCUUCUCUUCCCUGCGCCUGUGAUGCUGGGCACUUCAUCUGAUUGGGGGCGUAGCAUCAUAGUAGUUUUUACAGCUGUGUUAUUCUUUGCGUGUAGCUAUGGAAGUUGCAUAAUUAUUAUUAUUAUUAUUAUAACAAGUGUGUCUUACGCGCCACCACGGUGCUGUACCUGUAGGACUCUCAUUCGGGAUGAUUGGAAUAGCUUCUGGAAUUUGUUCAAGUUUUGGGUAUGUUUAAUCUGUUAUGUACUAGUGUUCUGUUUGUUAUUGUUUUGUUAAUUACAGCAUAAUGCUAAUUUAAAGAGACUCCAAAUCUCAAUGAAGCCAGCUCACAGUGCUGUGUGCCCGGGUCACCUAGCAAGCUGCCGAACCAAAAGAAUUUGUACCCCGCUGCGGGCCCGCGUGGCCGGGCCCCUGCCCUGGCAGGGUCAUCCUGUGCUCGGAGGCCAUCUUGGGCACAGGCCCAUCCCGCCCCACCCCUCCAGAACACGGCUCACGCUUACCUCAACCGUCCUGGCUGCGGCGUCUGUCUGAACCACGUGGGGGCCUUGAGGGACGCUUUGUCUGUCAUGAUGGGGCAAGGGCACAAGUCCUGGAUGUUGUGUGUAUCGAGAGGCCAAAGGCUGGUGGCAAGUGCACGGGGCACAGCGGAAUCUGUCCUGUGAUGGGCAAGUCUGAGGGUCUGGGCGGCGGGCGGCUGGGUCUGUGCGUUUCUGGUUGCACCGUGGCGCUUCCCAGCACCAACAUGUAACCGGCAUGUUUCCAGCAGAAGACAAAAAGACAAACAUGAAAGUCUAGAAAUAAAACUGGUAAAACCCCA